AAUAUUUUACCCACAUUCGCCAUUUUCCUGUUUGUUUAAAGCCGUGUGGAAUUGAUUUCUUCCAACAAAAUUCAUCAAAUAGAUAGAGAGAAAUAUUUCAAAACCUAUAAAUUUUUAAAUUUAUAGAAUUUAAGCUUUUAAUUAAAAAUUCGCAAUGACUGGACGAGGAAGAGGAUUUAGAGGAGGAAGGUAAAUCGAUGGAACUAUAAAAUCAUACGUUCUUAUAUGCAAUAUUUCAGAGACGAAUUCCGAGACACGAGAUACCAAAAGCCUUCUUAUGGUAGGGGUGAGAAUGGACCUAGAGGACGUGGCAAUUUUAGAGGUCGUGCACCUCGACGUAGCCCAAUGGAUCACAAGAAUGUUAGAAGUUCUAGCCCUCCCAGAUUCGAACGUCGAAUGCCACCAGUUGAUCGUGACCGAAUGCCACUUGGGCGAUAUGCAUCUUCACCUCCAAGAUCACCUCCACCCCAACAGAAGUUACACAGCAUAGUUAUGCCCUCCAGUAGAUAUGGUGGACCACCGUCCCCUAAUGGCGAUUAUAGACGAAGAUUAUCUUCUCCGCCUAAAUAUUCGAAAAGUUACGAUAACUUUGACAGACACUUCCCUGGACCACCACGAAAUAACUCUAGAGAUUAUUAUAUCGAAAGAGAUCGUAUGUCUCCACCUCCGGCACCAAGAAGUGGAGAUUAUGAUAGAUUUGACCGUCAAAUGAGGGAUCCACACAGGGAUAUGGGAUAUUCACGAAGUAGGCAGAUGGGAGACUCUAUGGGUAGAUCACGAGGACCAAGAGUAGACAUGUCUUCAUCCAGAGGUCGCUCACCAUAUGAUAGACGUGAAACUGUCAAGAGACACAGAAUGGAUAUGGGAGGUCCUUUACCAAAACGCUUCAGAGAUGAUCCACCGAAUUUUAGAGAUGCUCCACCACCACCAAGGAGAGAUAGAGGACCUCCCCCUCCACCUAGAGGACCACGGGACUUCUCAUCACCUCCGAGGGGAGGCUAUCGCGAUAUGUCGCGAGGGGGUCGAGGUCAGAGAGGAAGAGGUUUCAGAGGUCCCCGUGGAAUGAAGCAUUAGACUCAAGAUGUUUUGUUCUUCAGCCUUUGCUGAGUUUUCUUUGUAAAUUUUCGUAAAAAACGUUUAGAGUAUUUUAUAAAUACAAAAUAGCUGUUGAUGGAUCCACCUUCUAUUUGGGAUUUUGAAUUUAACAAUUAAUGAUCGCCCUGGAAAUUUUAAGCAGUAAGUUGAUGACUCGGCUAGAAAUGCUUCCUAACAUUCACAGCACGAAACAACUUUUUCUCAACGUUCAGGAUGGUAAGGAUAUAGUUUAACUUCCUUUAAAUGAUUUAAUUUUGAAGAGGCAAAUGGUUUGAAAUGGAAAUAAUAUAAAAAUGCAUUACGUAAGUAUCUUAGAUUAAGCCGACAAGUGGUUGAUAAACCAUUGAAUUCAUUCGUUUCUGCAUAAUCUCCUGAAAAUGAGAAGAAAGCUGAACAUCGAUCCGGUAAAAAAUUUUUUUGUUUUGAACCAAAGAUCACCAUCUAGAAAUGUAUCAAUUAUAUUUCUCAUACAUUCUGGAUAAAAUGAAUGAAAUAUUUUAAACAUUUUAUUCAUUUCAUUCUACACAACACUACGAUGAACUUGUGAUCUAUUGAACAUUUUUCAGUACGUAACGACAUAAAAAACAUCGAGUUUCAAAGAGGCUUACGCAUUAAUUAUUUAAUUCGAAUUACUUUAAUUAAGCUAAGCACCCUUUAGUCUUCUUGGAAACUCAUUGAUAAAAUCAAAGGCUUUCAGUCACAGCAUUAAUAACUUUAAACGAAAGAAAAUUACUAUAAAAUCUCGAUACCAGCAACGAAAUAAUUUAUUGGUGAUCCGAACAAUGGAGAGUGGUCGAAAAACGGUAACUAUUCAGUCCUUAUCAGACGAAAACUGCUCUAGAAGGUAUAUCUGGUUUAAAAAAAUGUAUACUUAUUAAAUGAUAUUUGAUUGUUUUGGUUUGUAAAUAGUAAAAAAGCGAAUUUCUUAAAAUCACCUAAAAUGUUAUUUCGAAAACAAUCAUUUCUAAUUUUUCGACGAGCCUGUUUAAUCAUCUAUAUUACGGAUCAAAUAGUCUCUAAUUUCCAUUCUAUCUUCAAAAUUGGAAUACUCACUGAAUUUUAAAAUAGAGCGAAAUUUACAUAUUUCAACAAAGGUUCAAACCGAAGGAUAUUCAACUUUUUUUGUAUAUUAUACCAUAAUUUUUUUGAUUUUACUGUUUAGCCAACUUUUUUUUACCUACAACUAUUCUUCAAUGUAUAAUUCGCACUUAUACAUAUAUUUCUUCAUCGAACAUCAACAAACGAUCUUAAGACUACCACUCAACAGAAGAAAGUUAAGAUUAAAAUUAUCUUAAUCUUUCUAUUAAGCGUCGAAAAUUUUUGUGGAAGUUUGAAACCUAUUUAUAAACUAGGAAAGAAAUGAGAUCACAUCAAACGUCUUCUCCAUCCGAGAUCUUAAUAUGAUGCUAUCCGAAUUAGGGAGAUAAAAAAACAAUCUUUUGCUUCACUUUAACCUCUAAAAAUCUCUGAAGAGGAAAAAUUUUCAUUUAUUUUCGGAUAUAUAAUACUUUGUAUUUGAAGCUCAGCGUUUUAACAAUAUUGGCGUAACCGUAAGUCAUGUAACGAGAUAUGUCAAACCCUUUUAUGAGUUCUUAAGUAUAUUAGAGUGUUUUGAAAUACAAUAUAUGCUUUUGUUUUGCAGUUUGUGCUGGCUAGAAGAUAUUC